CACGAGCAAAUGGAGAAGGGUGUGCAGAGUCUGACGUUCGAAGAGCUCUCGAUCCUGAAUGAGCGCAAGGAAGAGAUCAAAAAGGACCACAUGGGCUACUUAGACAGCCAUCCGGAGCUCAAGACCCUCUUGAGCUCGUUCAUGUCUGCUGUACUCAUCGAAAAACCCACGGAUAUCCUCGCCUUUGCCAAGGACCACUUCGACGCUCUGAAACCGAUCAAGCUCGCGCCGAUGCCUUUGGUGGUGUCAGGACCUUCGGGCGUUGGAAAAGGAACACUGAUCACACGUCUCUUGGGGAAGUUCUCGACGCAAUUUGGAUUCUCUGUCAGCCACACGACGCGCGGCCCGCGUGAAGGCGAGGAGAAUGGUGUCGCAUACAACUUCGUCACGAACGACGAAUUCGAGGCUGAAGCGGCCAACAAUACGUUCCUCGAGUACGCUUACGUGCAUGGCAAUGGCUACGGCACGUCAUUGCAAGCCGUGGAAGCGGUCCAAUCCCAAGAAAAGAUUUGCGUUCUCGAUAUCGACAUUCAAGGCGUUCAGCAAGUCAAGAAAUCGGCCACAAAAAUGAAGUUCCUCUUCAUUGCCCCACCGUCCAUGGCGGACUUGGAGAAGCGCUUGCGUGGGCGAGGAACAGAGACGGAGGAGAAGGUGGCGCUGCGGUUAACCAACGCCAAGGCCGAAUUGGACUUUGCAGCGCAAGGACAUUUUGACAAAGUGCUCGUGAACAACGAUCUGGACGAAGCGUUUGCAGAGCUGGAGGAGACGAUGGCGGAAUGGUAUCCGCAGUUCCGAUUCAAGUAGAUUGCCUCCACAUGAAGAAGAUCUGCCAAUUUGUUGGAAUUUGGUCGGGUCACUCCUGAUUAAAUUGUGAAAACAUUUGCAAAAAUUCAGUGAAUA